AUGAAGACUCUUUCGGGACGAUGUGAAUCAUCUAAAGAGAUAUCACUUUCCAAAGCUACCAAAAUUCUCUCAAAAUUUGUCUCUGCUGACAACGGUGCUUCGCAAGUUAUCAAUGCCUAUCUCCAUCGAGCUUCAGAUGCUUUCAAUGAGCUCAACCAGCUUCAUAGGGAGCUUAAACCCUCGCAGUCUCGUAGGAAGAAAAGCCGAAGCCACGUGGCAGAUGAUAGUGGGAGAGUAGGUGUAAGUUCUGUUACAAGUGCGGAUGUGAAAUCUGAAAUCGGGAUUAUAAGGGAAAAGGUUUGUGUUGAGAAUGUUGAUGAAAAGUUGAUUGAGAAUGAUGUUAAAUUGGGUCGAGAAAUUAAUGGUUCUGUUGUAGAUGGAAGUGAGAAGCGUAGUAAGAAAGAUAAAAAGAAGAAGAAUGAAUUUGGAAAUAAGAAAGGUGAUGGAAAACUACCGAAAAAGGGGCAAAAUGAAAAUGAAUCAGGUCAAGGCGAUGAAGAAAUGGAGGACGGAAAGAAACAGAAAAAGGACAAGAAGAAGAAGGACAAGAAUUUAGAACGUGAGAGUGCGAAGGGACGAGAACAACAGAAAGAGAUAGACACAAAGAUAAGUAACAAUGGAGAAGUAGCUGCUAUGGUGAAAAAUGAAAUUGAAUUAAGUAAGGGUGGUGAAGGAGGAACAAAGGACGGAAAGAAGCAAAAAAAGGAGAAGAAGAAGAAGGAGGAGAAGAAUUUAGAUGGUGAGAAUGCAGAGGAACAAAAACAACAGAAUGAUAUAGAGAAAAAGAUGAGCAACAAUGUGAAGGUUGAAAAUGGAGGGCUGGUUGUUCCACAGGAUAUAGAAAUUAGGUCCAAAAAGAGACAUGAAGCAGGGAGUGAGAACAAAUUACAUGCUGAAGAGAUAAAGACGGAGCAACGGAAGAAGAAGAGGAAGAAUGAAGAUGUGGAAGAUAGAUCCGAGGAACAGUCUAAGAAGAAAAUGAAAAGGAAACAUGAGGGUCAAGCUUAA